GUACGUACAAACAAUGUUGACAAAAAUUUACUUAUUCAAAGUGAAGAAAAUCUAAGUCAACUCAAUAUUUACACCAUAAAAAAGACCAGCCAAUACAAAAAUUGAGUACUAGAAAUGAAAAUAUUUGUGUGGUUUGUAUUAACGGUCAUAAACCAACCGGUGCACAUAGAUGUGACUUAUGCAAGAAAGCUGUGCACAUAAUAGACGGAUGUUCUUAUAAUAUACUUGGGGAAGAAGAAGGAUUUGAUGAGAAACGGAUUUGUCACCAAUGUAAGAACAAGUCUUUCAAUCAAACGAGAAUUGAACUAAACGCAGAAGAAAACUAGAGAAGAGAGACAGAAAAAAAUAAAAAGAGAUCAAAUUAUUUACAAAAAGAUCCAACAAUAUUGUUAUAUAAUGAUUCCAGCAAAACAAAAUCUCCUGUAAUUGGAAUCCUUAAAAAUGGAAACCGCUCAAAUCUCAAAAGUAUCCAGAUUGAUGCUUAUAAUCAAAGCUAUUAAAGAUGGAAUUAAUGUACAGACAUACCGAAAACGGUCAAUAAUAUUGAAGGAAAUAUGUAGCCUGAAAGAACUUCCAGAGCAGUUGAUCUGCAUACAAGCUGACACCACCAUUGAAGUCAUGGCGAGAAAUUUAUUAGAAACUUGGCCAUCUCGUGUGGUCACCCAGAAUUGUAUCAGUUGUCCACGUCAGCAAAUUAACCAGCAGCCAAUUCUAAUAAAUGUAAAUGAUAUUCAGAAUCUAAACGUGCUGUUGAUGACUGACGGAAAUGUGAACAAAUGUUACCAAUGUAAUCGUCGUUUGGUUAAUCCAUACAAGUACGGAGAACACAUUUUAAUAAUGACCACGCCCAACAUAGACUUUGAAAAAAUUCCUGUCACCGACAUCCAAAAUGUUGAGCUAAUUCAAGACCAAAAUGCUUAUGUUUCAGGAAUACAAAUAAAAUUAAAAGAUAUUCCAGCUUUUAUGACAAUUAAACGUCAAAUUUACAAGCUUCGUGGGGUCGUACAUUUAUUAAAACCAACACAUAUAACUGUGAAUAGUAUUGGUCAUUUUACUUCAUAUUGUUAUCGAGAAGGAUUAAACAAAUGGGAAUUGUAUGAUGAUUAUAACGAUAUCCCACAAAAAUGUAAAGGCACUAUAGUUGUUAAUGCAGAAAUGAUUAUUUAUACUAUUUAA